AUGCCAUCUAUCUUGGUAUCAGAUACUAAAGGCGACGACCGGGCUUGUCCCGAGGAAGCUGCAAAACGCAAGAGGUCAUACUCUAUUUUUCGAGAAAACCGGGAUGACAAUUUGCGGCGAAAGAAGUCACGCCUUUCCUCACACAUCAGUGGUCCUUUCUCCCGAUUACCUACCGAAAUAAGUUUGCAAAUUAUAUCCGAAAUUAUAGACUCAAGAACCCUUUUGAGGGUUUGCCAAGUGAAUAAGGCUUUCAAGGGCUUCCUCAACAUGGAUUCUUUCCGUUCUGCCUACACCGAGGAAGUUAGAAUGGGAGAGUAUACAUCCGAUAAUGCGAUCGACACCAUUUCCAAACACAUCAAAAAACAUCAAGAGGCGGCCCUAAUGAUUUUUGAA